AUGCGUUGCGCCGUGCUGCUCCUGCUCGUCUUCGCGGCGGCGCGCGCCGCCGCGGUCGUCACCGACGGGCUCCUGCCGAAUGGCAACUUCGAGUUGGGUCCGGCCAAGUCGGAGCUGGUGAACGGCACGGUGGUGAAGGGCGGCAAGGCGAUCCCCAGGUGGGAGACGUCGGGCUUCGUGGAGUACAUCGAGUCCGGCCACAAGCAGGGCGACAUGCUGCUGGUGGUGCCGCAGGGCGCCUACGCCGUCCGCCUCGGCAACGACGCCUCCAUCCUCCAGCGCAUCCCCGUCGCCCGGGGCUCCUACUACGCCAUCACCUUCAGCGCCGCCCGCACCUGCGCGCAGGCCGAGCGCCUCAACGUCUCCGUCAGCCCCGAGUCCGGCGUGCUCCCCAUGCAGACCAUCUACGGCAGCAACGGCUGGGACUCCUACGCCUGGGCCUUCAAGGCCAAGCUCGACGUCGUCGAGCUCGUCCUCCACAACCCCGGCGUCGAGGAGGACCCCGCCUGCGGCCCGCUCGUUGACGCCGUCGCCAUCCGCACGCUCUACCCGCCCACGCUCUCCAAGGGCAACAUGCUCAAGAACGGCGGCUUCGAGGAGGGCCCCUACUUCCUCCCCAACGCCUCCUGGGGCGUGCUCGUGCCGCCCAACAUCGAGGACGACCACUCCCCGCUCCCCGCCUGGAUGAUCAUGUCCUCCAAGGCCGUCAAGUACGUCGACGCCGCGCACUUCAAGGUGCCCGAGGGCGCCCGUGCCGUCGAGCUCGUUGGCGGCAAGGAGAGCGCGCUCGUGCAGGAGGUCCGCACCGUGCAUGGGAUCCAUGGUGGCCGAGGCCUAUGCCGCGCGCUCCACCCUCAAGGUGCCCUACGAGUCCAAGGGCGCCGGCGGUUACAAGCGCGCCGUGCUGGACUUCGUCGCCGUCAGGGACCGCACCCGGGUCGUCUUCCAGAGCGCCUUCUACCACAUGAAGGCCGACGGCACGCUCUGCGGGCCCGUCAUCGACGACGCCAAGCUCGUCGGCCUGCGCAAGAAGCCCGCCGCACGUCGCCUCAUGCUCUAAUUAAGCUAGCCCUGCCACGACGUCUAACUACAAAGAAUGUACGCGAGCACGGCGCCGGAUCGGAGUGA